AUGACUCGUGCUACAAAUUUUGCUGCUCAUAAUGCAAUCUCGUGGAGAGCGUGGUGGGUGGUAAAGAUAUCUACCAUGAUGAUGAUGAUAGUAGUGCUAGUGAAUGCAUCCAUGAGUCCCAUGCCAAGAAAAGUACACAACGAAGAGGAACCGUCUACCUCAUCAUCCAUAUUCAUGAAGCAAAUGGAUGAAGAGAAUUAUAUAGAUGUUAUUUUGAAAGAGCCUGUUCAAGAAGUGCAGCCACCGAGUACUUUCUUUCUAAUUUCAAGAGAAAGGCCUUCUUAUAAUACGACGUUAUUCCUUGUUGGUAAUUAUUUAACAGCAUUUGUUUGGAGAGAUGUGAGCCAUUCAUUCAACAUUUCAGCAACAAGAGAUUUAUUAGAAUGGCUGAGAGAAGUUUCCAUGUCAAAUCAGAACACACAACAACUUUCGAUUGGUAUUGAUGCUGAGUAUGCUCCAUUGUUUCUCUCCACACUUGAAUUUCAUAAUAUCGAUUCUGCAUCAAUAUCAUUUAACUUACUUCACUUCUCGAGCGACCUCUGUACACAGAGACAAUUGUUUGUGGACCAUGACAUUAUUAUUAUGGACUCAUUACAAUCUUUCUUGUUUGUGAAUUUGUAUAGAAAUACUAUUGAAAAAAGAAAACCAUCGACAACGUACUACUCUGAUGCAAAUAUCAUGAAUCCAUCUGAUUUUGUGCCAAUGAAGCUGGCUCCCCUUGAGAUUGUCACAUCUAAAACCCAAUUACAUCCCUUGUUUACACUCGCAGGUAGCAAGCACCUUCUUCUCAAUCGUGUUUUACUAUCAAGAUACUUUAAAUUUGGAAACAUCACAGAGGAGGAUGUUAAUUUUAUGAGAUUUUUGUUUUCAAAUAUUACGGACGUCCACGUUGAUUAUGAAUGGUUUAAUUCCAUGAUGCUAAAUACUCAACACAGGUUCAAUAUUUCUAUUGAGGCUCAUUUUAGCUUAAACCAAUUAUUCACAUCGUACUUGAAUAGCACGCCAUUUGAAUAUUCGUUCUUUGCGAGCCAUGACUAUUGGAUCAUUCCAAUAAUAUUGGUUUACUUGCUCUAUUUGAUCAUGCUAUUUUCAAUGAGGGCAUUUCGAUUACCAUCGAUCAAAAGACGUCUAGUUAUUCCUUAUUUACCACUUUUAUUCAUUGUAUAUGAAGUGAUUUUGUCUUCCAUAACCUCACAAUGCUUCCUUGGUACUUCCUACAUUGGUGUAAUACUAAUCGUAUUCUGCAUAUGUGUCUACAGUUUAACAAUUUUGAGAUAUUUCUACCUGAGAAAUCUAUAUGGAUUAAUUGCAAAGGGGAAAAAGAGAGUUUUGUUGCACAGUUUCUGUGUUUCUUUCAAGACGGGAAUUGUGCUUAUUGUAGCCGCGUCUUUUGUUCUCUCUAUUGUGUUAACACUUCAUUGCAUUGCUGUAUUUUUUGACGUGACUCUUUCAAGUAUUUACAAUAUUACCUUUGCAUCCUAUGUAUUACUAUCAACAAUAAUUGGAUUGAUUGCUGUUGCUGUCGACACCCUAUUCAACAGGAAAAUAUUGAAAGAAAAAGGGCUUCGACAUUUCCUAUUUUUUAACGAUCCGCUUAUGGUGAGACUUGAUCUUUUAUUCAUAUCGUUUAUUUUAUUAUUGAUUAUAGCGCUCGUUAUUUCCAAUUCAACAUCUCCUUUUUCAGUUUCAUUUCACUUGGGAAAUAUGUUUCGAUUUUUCAUGCAUUGUUUUAUUGCCUUAAUUUGUGGUGGAAAUAUCUUAAUCAUGGAAAGUUUUACAAAAAUUAGAAGACGAAUCAGAAAACAGAAACAUGCAACAAAUAUCAAUAAUGUCAAUAAUCCUAAUGAAGAGGAGUCUGAACUAUAUGCAUUUCUCGGUAAUAGAGAAUUUGAAGAUCUUUUCAAAGAAUACUCUACCAAAGAAAUGUCCAUUGAAAAUUAUUUAUUUUACAAAAAGAUGCAGCAACUCGCUGAAAAGGGAAAGCACCAAUUUUUGACAUUUGAAAUUAUGCAUGAAAUUGAGAAUGAGUUCAUCAAGAAUAAUUCUGCAUUCGAAUUGAACAUUUCAUCUUCCUCUAAAAAAUCGUUUUACAAAUUACUGGAUGCUGUACGAUUGAACAGCACAUCUAUAGCAAUGCAACAACAGAGCUGUAAGACAAUGGACAAGUCAUUCCCUGAAGGGAACAACAAGCAUUAUGACAGCUCUUCAUCACCAACAAUUCAAGAUCUUCAUUCAAUUCUCUGGGCAGAUAUUUUUGUGAACAUGUUGGACACUCACAGCCGACUCAUUGAAACUAAGGAAUUCUCAGAUUGGUUCAAAGUUUAUGAAAUUCAAAAAUCAAACGCUAUUGUUUAG